UCAGGGUUUGCGCGGCGAGAUGACGCAAUCCGCCUUUCUCAUACUGUUCUUGCCUAUAUCUUUUUCGACUUUGCACGUUCACAGGUUCACAUGGCACUGUUAAGAAAAGGACUGGGGUUAUUGCUGACGCAUGCAUCUGGAAAACCACAGCAGCUGCCUUUCAGCCAUUCUGCUGCCUGUGCAGCCAUUCAGAAAAUGUCCCGAGUGCGUGUGGUAGACAACAGUCCGCUGGGGAACACUCCCUACCAUCGACCUGCCAAAUGCAUUCAUGUCUAUAACAAAACUGGGGUUGGCAAAGUGGGGGACAAAAUUCUACUGGCCAUCAAAGGACAGAAGAAAAAAGCCCUCAUAAUUGGCCACAAAAUGCCUGGCCCCAGAAUGAUGCCACGAUUCGAUUCCAACAACGUCGUUCUCAUCGAGGACAAUGGAAACCCCACAGGGACAAGAAUCAAGGUGCCUGUGCCCUCCAGUCUACGCAGGCUAGAAGGAGAGUAUUCCAAAGUGUUGGCUAUUGCUCAGAAGUUUGUGUGAUGAACUGGGACUGCAGCCAGUCUAAUCAGGCAACAUUUACAUGCAUUUUUCUGUGUUAAAAAAAAGAUUUCACUUUUAUUGAUGUAAUCAAUCCCCAAUGUAACAAUAUAUUAAUGUUAUAAGUCAUUUUAUAAUAAUUACUAUUUCAUUGUGAUUAUUAGGGGCACAUUAAAAAU